GCUAAUCAAUUUUCCUGCUUUAGCUUCUUCUUCACCAUCUUCAGCUCCUUCUUCUUUAUACCCUUGACUGUCUUGUUAGGGUUUUUGAUUUGCCGCUUUGCCCAAACCCUAAACUUAUCCACUCAAAACCUAAUUCCUAUUUCUCCCCUAUAUCUUUUAGGUUAAAAUGGGAAGCAAAAAAAGAAGUUCAAGUUCAGUAGAGGAAGUUGAGAAUAUGGUAAUAGAUAGUACAAAUGAUACUGAGAAUGAUAUAAUAGUUCCAAAUCCUACUAAAAAGAAAAUAAAGAAAGGUAAAGAAAAAGAUGUCCAGACGACACAUGGGGAUGAUCCUGCAAAUGCAGGAGGAACCUCUGCCGUUCCAAGUUCAGUAAAACCCAUGGAAAGAAAGAAAGAAAGGAAAGCACUGGACAAACAAAGACACCACCUAUCUUCAGAAAAUCAAGAAUCAAAACCCAAAGAAAUGGAAGUAGAUAAGAAAGUGAAUGAAGCUAGGGCGGAGAUUGUGGCUUCUUCAAGUAAUGGAUUGCCCGAGUUCCACAUUGGUGUUUUUAAAGAUUUAGCGUCUGCUAAUGUCUCUGUUAGAGAAGCUGCGGUGGAAAGAUUGGUGAGAGAGUUAAGGGAGGUUCAUAAGGCAUAUCUGAUGGUUGAUAAUAAGGAGUUGAUUGAAGGUGCGUUGAAAUUAGAAGCUGAAAAAGAUGAUGGUUUGAAUAACUGUGCACCUUCUUUGAGAUAUGCUGUUCGUAGGCUUAUUCGUGGUGCUUCUUCAUCAAGGGAGUGUGCAAGACAAGGUUUUGCAUUAGGCUUGACUGUGUUAAUCAGUACAAUUCCAAGCAUUAAAUUGGACUCACUGCUGAAACUGAUAGUUGAUUUAUUGGAAGUUUCUUCAUCAAUGAAGGGUCAGGAAGUAAAGGAUUGUCUUUUAGGUCGUUUAUUUGCUUAUGGUGCUCUUGCUCGAUCAGGAAGAAUGACUCUAGAGUGGAUGUCUGAUCAAAGUACUCCAUUCAUUAAGGAAUUCACUGGUGCUCUGCUCUUCCUUGCAUCAAAGAAGCGGUAUUUGCAGGAGCCUGCUGUUGCAGUUAUUUUAGAUUUGGUUGAAAAGUUGCCAACUGAGGCCUUGUUGAAUCAUAUACUUGAGACUCCUGGUCUUCGUGAGUGGUUUGGUGGAGCCAUGGAUGUUGGAAAUCCUGAUGCUUUGCUUUUAGCCUUGAAGAUUCAGGAGAAAAUAUCUGUUGAUAGCUUGAUGUUUGGAAAUAUUUUGCCACAUCUAUUUAGCCCUAGCAGACUCUUUGCCUAUGACCAUCUGUCCUCUCUUGCUAACUGCUUGAAGGAAUCAACAUUCUGUCAACCUCGAGUUCACAGUGUGUGGCCAGUCCUGGUAAAUAUUCUUUUACCUGACACUGUUUUGCAAGCUGAAGAUAUGGUGUCAGCUUCUAAUUCUCUUAAGAAGCAUAAGAAAAGUCGCAAGUCUAGCUCUUCUAUGGAAGAAACUGAAAGAAAUAUUCAGAAUUUUUGUGAGGUCAUCAUUGAGGGAACACUUCUUUUGUCUUCUCAUGAUCGUAAGCACCUGGCAUUUGAUAUUCUGCUCCUUCUGCUCCCAAGGCUACCUGCAUCUUUUGUUCCAAUUGUUUUAUCUCACAAGCUUGUUCAGUGCCUGAUGGAUAUACUUUCGACAAAAGAUUCUUGGCUUUAUAAAGUUGCACAGAAUUUUCUGAAAGAAUUGUCAGAUUGGGUUGGAAAUGAUGAUGUGAGAAGGGUUGCUGUCAUAGUGGCUUUGCAAAAACAUAGUAAUGGAAAAUUUGAUAACAUCACAAGAUCAAAGACAGUUAAAGCUUUGAUGGCAGAGUUCAAAACAGAGGCUGGUUGUAUGCUAUUUAUUCAAAAUUUAAUGAACAUAUUUGUGGAUGAAGGUCACAACUCAGAGGAACCUUCAGAUCAGAGCCAGACAACUGAUGACAACUCAGAGAUAGGAUCAAUAGAAGAUAAGGACUCAACUAGCGCAGUGGGCAAUUCUGAUUCCUUGAAAAUUUGGGUUGUGGAAUCCCUCCCUAGUAUUUUGAAGUAUUUGAAGCUGGAACCUGAAGAAAAGUUCCGGGUGCAAAAGGAAAUUCUGAAGUUCUUAGCUGUGCAGGGUCUUUUCUCGGCCUCUCUUGGCUCUGAGAUUACAUCUUUUGAAUUGCAGGAGAAAUUUAGGUGGCCAAAAGUAGCCACGUCUAGUGCCGUUUGCAGAAUGUGUAUUGAACAGAUUCAACUUUUGCUGGCGAGUGCUCAAAAGAUAGAGGGAUCACGCUCUCUAGCAACUGGCCUUGAGCCCAACGAUCUAGGCUCUUACUUCAUGCGAUUUCUCAGCACAUUACGCAACAUUCCCUCAGUUUCUUUCUUUCGAACUUUAAGUAAUGAGGAUGAGAAAGCAUUUGAAGAACUGCAAGAAAUGGAAACUAGGCUUUCCAGAGAGGAAAGGAAUAAUGGGAAGAGUACAGAUGCAAAUAGAAUGCAUGCACUGAGGUACUUACUGAUCCAGCUGCUGCUCCAAGUGCUUCUUCGACCAGGAGAAUUCUCCGAGGCUGUGUCUGAACUUAUUAUUUGCUGUAAGAAAGCUUUUCCAGCCUCUGAUCUUUUUGAAUCCUCAGGGGAAGAUGAAUUAGGUAGUGAUGAGAAUCCUGAGUUGAUGGAUGUACUUGUGGAGACAUUCCUUUCAUUGUUGCCACAGUCAUCAGCUCCUUCACGAUCUGCUAUUGAACAGGUUUUCAAGUAUUUCUGUAGUGAUGUGACAAAUGAAGGACUGCUCCAGAUGUUGCGUGUCAUCAAGAAAGAUUUGAAACCAGCUAGACAUCAAGAAGUAGAUAGUGAAGACAAUGAUGAAGAUGAAGAUUUUCUUGAUGUAGAAGAAGAUGAAGAAAUUGAUGAAGCUGAGACUGGUGAAACAGGUGAGAUUGAAGAGCAGACAGAUGACUCUGAGGCAGUAGUCGAAGCUGAGGAAGCUGGAAAAGUAUCACCUGAGGAUUCUGAUGAUUCUGAUGGGGAUAUGGAUGAUGAUGCAAUGUUCCGGAUGGACACGUAUCUUGCUCAGAUUUUCAGAGAGAAAAAGAAUCAGGCUGGGAGUGAAACUGCUCAAUCCCAGCUUGUUCUGUUCAAACUCCGUGUCCUUUCAUUGCUGGAGAUUUACCUACAUGAAAAUCCAGGUAAGCCUGAAGUUCUAACAGUGUACACAAACUUGGCUCGUGCACUUGUCAAUCCACACACUGUAGAAAUCAGCGAGCAGCUCGGACAGCGUAUAUGGGGAAUCCUGCAGAAGAAAAUAUUCAAAGCAAAGGACUUUCCUAAAGACGAAACCAUGCAGCUACCUGCACUUGAAUCUUUGCUGGAAAAGAACCUGAAACUGGCAUCAAAACCAUUCAAGAGAAAGAAAUCUGCUGUUCCAUCAAAGAAAAAACAGUCAGCUUCCUGGAAGCGUCACAAAAUGAUUGUUUCCCUUGCUCAGAAUUCAACCUUUUGGAUUCUAAAAAUCAUUGAUGCCCGGAAUUUUUCUCAGCCUGAACUGCAGAGAGUUUUUGAUAUUUUCAAAGGGAUUUUGGUGGGAUAUUUUGACAGUAAAAGGUCUCAAAUAAAAUCUGAAUUUUUGAAAGAAAUAUUUCGAAGAAAGCCAUGGAUCGGGCACCAUCUAUUUGGUUUCCUUUUGGAGAAAUGUGGCCGUGCAAAGUCAGAGUUUCGCCGAGUUGAUGCACUCGAUUUGGUGAUGGAAAUAUUGAAGUCAAUGGUUUCCUCUAGUGCUGAUGAAAGCAGCCGCAAUGCAACAAAGAAAAUCUUGAAACCCCAUCUGCAAAAGCUUAGUUAUUUAGUGAAGGAAUUGGUGAUGAAUAUGCCAGAGAACAAGUCAAGGCGGGCUGAAGUGCGCAAGUUUUGCAUUAAGAUCUUUCAAAUCAUGUCAACGCAUGACACUGCCAAGUCUUUUCUUAAAGAUUUGACCCCAGAGACCCAAGCUGCUUGUGAAUCUCAACUCGGUGAGCUAUUUCUCAAUUUAAAGAAAGCUAAUGACAACAAUAAGAAUUGAUAUUGCUUCUCAUUUUUGAUAUAAUACACCUCAGAAUCCCUAAAAUUCCCUGCUUUUGCUUCAAACAUGCCUAAAUAGUAGGCUUAAUGUUUUAGUUGAGUUUGGAAUGAAUGCCUUAACUAGAGAAGCACCAUAUUCCAUCUCAUCAACUUCUCGGUAUAAUUAUUUGAAUUUUCUUGGCAGUUGCUAUUUUAUGGUGGUUUGUUUCAGUUAUCUAUUUCCUUAUGAAAAUACUCAUAAAGUUUUGAUAAAUGUAAAAUUCCAAUAUAGUUAGAAUUUUUUGAACCUAGAAUAUUUUUUCCCUUUUCUGAA